CAGUUAUAGAUACUCGUCACAGGGUACACAGCGUGUCACAGUUGUUACAGGUGUAUAUAUGGCCAUAUAUAGGUUGGGCAAUUUUGGUGAUGUAUCUACCUCUUUCUGGUCGAUUUUCACUGGGGCUCAACCCCCAGUUGCCUCCAUACAGUCAGCUACAGUACUGUACACAGUUCUUUAUGCAACACACUGUAGUGUUCGGAAUCUUAAGGGAUGUUCGGACAUGAAUGUUACCAAAUGUCGGAACCAAAUGAGGCUCCGAGUUGGAACAGGCCACCACAUACUCGGCUCCUACAAGGAUUCUCGCGUGAGCCGAACUUAGUGGACGCCGCCGGGCGCCUCAGAACCGCAAGCGACCUACAUAAAUGGAUGCAUUCCUUGCAGCCGUCCGCCCAAGCUGCGCUCGGACAUGAGGUCAGAAUCCACCUCACAUGCGCCUCAUACCUCGGAGGGUCUUCCAGCCUCUCCGGAUGAGAAGAAUCCUGCUUUUGCCAAGGAGCUCGCACCCCCGGGGCCGGAACAUGUCGCUCUGGAAAUUAAAGAGAAUCCAAAGGGCAUCCGAGCCUUUUUCCCCUGGCCAGAGAAAUCAUCCAAGAAAAUAGAGAGUGAAGCCGAGUUGAAUGCAAAGGCAGCAGAUGCACCCGUACCUGCGUCAUUCUUAUCGUUAUUUCGGUAUUCAACUCGCUUUGAAAUAAUGUUGGACCUUUUUGGCAUAGUCUUUGCUAUUGCGGCUGGCGCUUCGCAGCCUUUGAUGACUUUCAUAUUCGGCAACUUGACACAAGAUUUCGUUACAUUUGGUUUAGUAGAGAACGAGUAUUAUCAAUCGUUACAGUCCAAUGAUCCGAACGUGAUUGAGCAGGCGCAGGCGGCACUAAAUGCUGCUGCAUCCUCAUUCCGUCAUAAUGCUAGACUGGAUGCUUCUUACCUCACUUAUCUUGGUAUCGCGAUGUUCGUAUCCACGUAUCUGUACAUGUACACCUGGGUUUAUACUUCAGAGCUUAAUGGGAAAAGAAUACGAGAGAGGUAUCUCCAGGCUAUCCUCAGACAGGACAUUGCCUAUUUUGAUGAUGUCGGGGCUGGAGAGGUUGCGACCCGCAUCCAAACCGAUACUCACUUGGUACAACUGGGAAUAUCCGAAAAGGUCACUAUUGCAGUCACUUUUGCCAGUGCAUUCUUCGUUGGCUUUAUAAUUGCAUAUGUCCGGUCAUGGCGUCUCGCUCUUGCGUUGUCGUCCAUCCUUCCGUGCAUCAUGAUCAUAGGCGGCGCCAUGAAUAAGUUUGUGUCCAAAUACACGCAAUUGUCCUUGAAACAUGUUGCUGAGGCAGGUAAUCUUGCAGAAGAGGUCAUAUCCACGAUUCGCACUGCGCAGGCUUUCGGGACACAGAAAGUUUUGUCUGGAAUAUACGAUAAGGACAUCGAUGUAACUCGCGCCGUUGACCGCAAAGCGAGUAUUGGGCAAGGUAUAGGGUUGGGCUUCCUCUUCUUUGUGAUAUACAGCGCGUAUUCGCUGGCGUUCGAUUUUGGAACUACCCUCAUCAAUGAGGGCCACGCGAACGCCGGACAGGUCGUGAAUGUCUUCAUGGCCAUCUUAAUUGGAUCAUUCUCUCUUGCCCUGCUUGCGCCUGAAUUGCAAGCCAUUACACGUGCCUGCGGUGCUGCCGCCAAACUCUUCGCCACGAUCGAGCGUGUUCCUGAUAUCGACUCUGCAAACCCAGGAGGGCUAAAACCUGCAGAAAUUACUGGCGAGAUUACGUUCAAGGACGUCAAAUUCAAUUAUCCUUCUCGCGCAGAUGUCCCAAUUCUUAAAGGCAUCAACAUCACCUUCCCGGCUGGCAAGACAACUGCUCUCGUUGGCGCAUCUGGAUCUGGUAAAUCUACGAUUGUAUCUCUCACAGAACGCUUCUACGAUCCACUCAGCGGCUCUGUUACGCUUGACGGAACUGACUUGCGGGAACUGAAUAUCAAAUGGUUGCGCUCUCAGAUCGGUCUGGUCUCACAAGAGCCCGUGCUCUUCGCGACGACUAUCAGGGGCAACGUCGCACACGGUCUCAUUGGCACACCAUACGAGGAUGCAUCUGAUGAGGAGAAGUUUCAGCUCAUAAAAGCAGCCUGCAUCAAGUCCAAUGCAGAUAGCUUUAUUACCCACUUACCACAAGGAUAUGACACCAUGGUUGGUGAGCGUGGUUUCCUGUUAUCGGGAGGGCAGAAACAGCGCAUCGCUAUUGCGCGAGCUAUUGUGUCGGAUCCGCGGAUCUUGCUCCUUGAUGAAGCGACGAGCGCUCUCGAUACUCGAUCGGAAGGGAUUGUACAAGAUGCUCUGGACAAGGCAGCUGCUGGCCGAACUACCAUCACCAUUGCUCAUCGCUUGUCAACGAUUAAAGAUGCUGACUGCAUACUUGUAAUGGGCGAUGGACUGGUACUGGAGCGAGGGACUCAUGCCGAACUUCUGGCAGACGAAAAUGGGGCAUACUUUCGUCUUGUCACGGCACAAACUCUUCGUGAGGGUCACGAAGAUGAUGAUCUGGAUGCAGCGAUAUCAAGUCACGAGAGAAAUCUGGAGGAGCCUAGGUCAGGAGAACUCCUCGAUCGGAAGAGCACCAUUCGCUCCACCGGAAGCGACGUCGUCAGUCAAUUAAAGGAGACAGUAGGGGAUCGGGCUCCAGAAGAAGACCACGGUCUAUUCUAUUUGAUGAGACGAAUGGCUGGUCUUAACCGUGAAGGGCUUCGCCGAUACUAUAUUGGAUCUCUCUUUGCCAUAUGCAAUGGUGCCGCUUAUCCUGCCUCUGGCAUUAUCUAUGGGCGCUCGAUCUCUGGCUUUUCUGCGACCACAAAUUCUGCGCGCCGCUACGCAGGCGACCGGAAUGCUCUCUGGUUUUUCAUUCUGGCCAUUCUGUACGGCUUGUGUGCUGGUUUUCAGAACUACUACUUUUCUUCUUCUGCCGCCGUCCUGACUGCCAAGCUCCGUUCAAUGAGCUUCAAAGCCAUCCUCCGACAAGACAUCGAGUACUUUGACAACGAGAAGAACAGUACUGGCGCUCUGACGUCAAGCUUGAGUGAAAACCCUCAAAAGAUCAAUGGUCUCGCUGGCGUAACUCUGGGAACAAUCGUCCAAUCUAUCACAACUGUAGUUGUUGGUUUGGUCAUUGGUUAUGCAUAUGCUUGGAAGCUGGCUAUUGUCGGCAUGGCAUGCAUCCCUAUCCUGGCGUCCGCUGGAUUUAUACGUUUGCAAGUUGUUGUUCUGAAAGAUAAGAAAAACAAGUCAGCGCAUGAAAGCUCUGCUCAGAUUGCCUGCGAAGCUACUGCAGCCAUCCGCACUGUUGCAUCAUUGACCCGGGAAGAGCACUGCCUCGAUCUUUACAGGCAAAGCUUGGAAGAACCCGUCAGAAAAUCCACUAGGACAGCGCUAUGGAGCAACAUGCUAUUCGCGCUCUCUCAGUCUAUGGCAUUCUGGGUAAUCGCUUUAGUUUUCUGGUAUGGCGCGACGCUCGUUUCACGGCUUGAGAUGACCACGCAAUCAUUCUUCAUUGCUCUGAUGACUACAGUAUUUAGCGCAAUGCAGGCUGGCAACGUCUUCGCCUUUGUGCCUGACAUCUCAUCUGCCAAAGGAGCCGCGAACGCAAUUAUCAGGCUCCUUGAUUCGACUCCUACGAUUGACGCAGAGUCAACCGAAGGCAAAAGGGUUCCGAGCGAAUCUAUCAAGGGCCACAUAGAGCUGGAAAAUAUUCAUUUCAGUUACCCCACCCGUCCCGGAAUCCGGGUUCUUCGUGGCCUCUCGCUUACUGUCGAACCCGGAACUUAUGUUGCUUUAGUCGGCUCCAGCGGUUGCGGCAAAAGCACAGUCAUCCAGUUACUAGAGCGUUUCUACGAUCCACUUUCUGGACAGAUCUCGCUCGAUGGGGAGCCUAUCGACGGAUUUAAUGUCCAGGCAUAUCGACAGCAUAUUUCACUUGUGUCGCAAGAGCCUACUUUGUACACGGGAACUAUCCACUUCAAUAUCUUGAUCGGUGCCGCCAGACCGGAAUCUGAGGUUACACAAGAAGAGAUCGAGGCUGCAUGCCGCGAUGCCAAUAUACUAGAUUUUAUUCAAUCACUUCCAGAUGGGUUCAAUACCGAAGUCGGUGGCAAGGGAUCACAGUUGUCGGGUGGUCAGAAACAACGUAUAGCAAUCGCUCGCGCACUACUUCGGAACCCCAAAGUUCUUCUGCUCGACGAGGCCACAUCAGCCCUCGAUUCAAAUUCAGAGAAGAUUGUGCAAGAAGCUCUUGACAAAGCUGCCAAAGGUCGUACCACCAUUGCUAUCGCCCACCGUCUUUCGACUAUCCAGAACGCUGAUCGCAUACAUUUCGUCAAGGACGGGAGAGUCAGCGAAUCUGGAACACAUGAUGAGCUUCUUGCGCGGAGAGGGGAUUAUUACGAGUUUGUCCAACUGCAAGCACUGAGCAAGAAGUAGUGGAAGUUUAACGAUGAUGCCCCCCAUGUAUUAAUGAAUCGAUUAGAUCACCGACUAUACAAUCACACUUACCACAGACUCGGACGUCCGAACACCCGCGUCGUCAUAUAAUUCAACACCAACUCUUAAGAAACUGCGUUGAUUGAAACCUUCCAGAGUCA